UCUGAAGAAUUGAAAAAAACACAAAAAGAAUUGAAACAAAAAUAUUGAAAAAAUAAUAAAACUUGGUCAAUGUGGCCACGGAAUAUGCCGACUAUUUUGAAUCUCCAACAUAUCAUUUACUUUUUAAGACACUCACCGUCAAUUAAUCAACAUUUGCAUUCAAGUUGAAUCUCAACUUAAUUCAGCAAGCUCGAACAAAACAAAAAUCACUCGACCUAAAACGUCAAUCUCAAAAAAGACAGAAAUCUGAACAAGAAUCGAACAACAACAACAACAAAGCAUCAAAAAUGGUUUCACAAAUUCGUGCAUCACAUUACAUGAUUUUCUCAAUUAGUGCAUUUGCGCUGUUUAUUCUUAUGUCAUAUUAUGCCAGCACCAAUAAUCUAACAAACCAAUUGCAUACGCAUAUAACGAAAGCGCUUCAUCAUCAUCAUCGUCAAAAAACUUCGAGCUCACUGGGAGAGCUUAAUAGCACGAAAAAUGAGCUUAAUGGUGCCAAUUUAGAAUUAAAUUCAUCUCAACCGCACUCAGAGGUUGAUAGUAUUAGCAAUAUAUUAUUUAAGGGUCUAGUGAGUCCUGCGGGUACUGUUAAUAGUUCAUAUAUUCAGUAUUUAGUUAACCAGAGUCAGGCCGACGCAGGCAUUGUAAAUAUUGAACCUCAGAAAUUUGCCAAUUUAAACUCAACAUCAACAAAAGCCAGUACGACAUCGACAACAACGACAACCACAACUGUGGCUCCAGUCAAGAAAUCUCUUCCGUCACUGCCACCAAAUAAGACCUCGAUAGACACAUCAAAAGGUGUCAUCACUCGUGAUUUAUAUGAAUCAGGUCACAUCGACUCACCGUCACAAAUCUGCAUUAAUGACGGAGAAGAGAUUAAACUUCUCAUUAUUAUCACAUCAGCACCAGCACAUCGCGAAAAUCGACUUGCAAUUCGUCAAACUUGGGGACAUUUCGGUACCCGUCGUGAUAUUGGAAUUGCAUUUCUUGUCGGUGCUGCCGGUGCUCAAAUGGAUGAUACGUUAGCAGCCGAGAAAGAUCUUUAUAAUGACAUAAUUCGUGGUAGAUUUAUAGAUAGUUACAAUAAUCUAACUCUUAAGACAAUUUCAAUGCUCGAGUGGGUCGAUGUUUACUGUCCGAAAGCAUCAUUUAUCCUCAAAACAGACGAUGACAUGUUCAUUAAUGUCCCAAAACUCCUACAAAUAAUUGAAAAGAAGCAGUCUGACAAAAGAACAAUUUAUGGACGACUAGCAAAGAAUUGGAAGCCAAUAAGGAACAAAAAGUCAAAAUAUUACGUCAGUCCAGAACAAUAUAAGCCACUAAAGUUUCCACCAUUCACAACCGGUCCAGCCUAUCUCAUGACGAGAGAUUGUGUCAAGGAUUUAUACAAUGAAGCACUAAAUAGGACAUAUUUGAAAUUAGAGGACGUCUACACGACAGGAAUUGUCGCAGAUUCACUCAAAAUAAAACGAGUGCAAGUCAAUGAGUUCCUCAAUCGACGUAUCGCAUUUAAUGCAUGUAAUAUAAAGAAAUCUGUGAGUCUGCAUAUGAUUAAACCGCCCGAGGAAUUUGACUUGUGGAAGAAACUUCUAGACGCGUCUGUUAAGUGUAAAUAGGAAUAUAUUAAUAAUAUUUUGGGUAAUUUUCAUUGGGGUAGAUGAGGGUUGGGG